AUGAAAGUGUUGAGCAUCCUUCCCUCCUUCACUGCGAUGCAUCUUCCAUCUGACAGUGCACAGUACCCCACCACGGUUUGUGCGAGACUGGAUGGUCUCAGGGCAGAGCUGGAGGAGGUGGGUGGUGUGUGGCAGCUGAAAGCCUUGGACCGCAAGAACACCCCUCUCAACGUGCUCCAGCGUCUCCCCGAAAAGAGGGACUCUACAGGGGUAAAAUGA